UUCAUCAAGCCAGAUAAAGAAGCAGUAAUGUUUCGGCUAACGUGCGCGACACAACUGUAUGGUACGACUUGUUGGUAAAGUAAUAUCUAAUUAAAGAAUAACAAUGUUGCGAUUGUUCCGAAAAGUACAGUUGCCACGGUACUACUCCACCGCGGCUAAAGUGCAGCCCGACAAAAAUCCAUCGAUUUUAUAUACCGGGAUUUUCAUUGAUAACGAAUGGCACCGAUCAAAGUCGGGAAAAACGUUCCCCACGGUAAAUCCUGCGACCACUGAAACGAUAGCGGAAGUGCAAGAAGGUGACGCAGCGGAUAUCGAUGUAGCGGUAAAGGCAGCAGCAAAUGCUUUUAAAUUGGAUUCGCCAUGGAGAACCAUGGAUGCUUCUCAGCGUGGUGUGCUCUUGAACAAAUUGGCCGACCUAAUGGAACGUGAUCGCACUUAUCUUGCGUCAUUAGAAACGUUGGACAAUGGAAAACCCUAUUCCGCCGCAUACGGAUUCGAUGUAGCCUCGAGCAUAUCUACUCUGAGGUAUUACGCUGGAUGGGCAGAUAAAGGUGGUGGACAAGUGAUCCCCAUAGAUGGACCAUACCAUGCCUAUACUCGUCACGAACCAGUUGGCGUUUGUGGACAAAUUAUACCAUGGAAUUUUCCACUCCUAAUGAUGGCUUGGAAGUUAGGGCCCGCUUUAGCUACCGGAAACGUUAUCGUUUUGAAGCCAGCGGAACAAACACCUUUAACGGCUUUGUACGUGGCUCAGCUAACCAAGGAAGCUGGAUUUCCUGACGGAGUGGUGAACGUUGUACCCGGUUACGGCAAAGCCGGAGCUGCUCUAGUCGCUCACAAUUUAGUGAAUAAAAUUGCAUUCACCGGCUCAACCGAAGUCGGCAAAAUCAUACAGAGAAAUUCAAUCGAUAAUCUGAAGAGAACCACGUUAGAACUUGGUGGAAAAUCUCCAAACAUCAUCUUCGCGGACGCUGAUAUGGACCAUGCCGUGGAAACGGCUCACUUUGGUCUAUUCUAUAAUAUGGGUCAGUGCUGUUGCGCUGGUUCUAGAACUUUCGUUGAAGAUAGCAUCUACGACGAGUUUGUAGAAAGAAGCGCUGCGCGUGCUAAAUCCAGGGUCGUCGGUGAUCCAUUCGAUCCAAACGUAGAGCAAGGUCCACAGAUCGACGAUGAGCAAACAAAAAAAAUUAUGUCCAUGAUACAAAGUGGCCAGAAAGAAGGAGCAAAAUUAGUUUCCGGUGGUGAACGAGUCGGUGAUAAAGGUUACUUCGUAGCGCCUACGGUAUUCGCCAAUGUUACUGAUAAUAUGACCAUUGCCAAAGAAGAGAUCUUUGGACCGGUGCAACAGAUCCUGAAAUUCAGCAGCUUAAACGAAGUUAUUAACCGCGCCAACUCUACCGAUUAUGGAUUAGCCGCUGCGGUUUUCACAAAAGACAUUGAUAAGGCAAAUUACGUGGUUCAAGGACUCCACGCAGGCACCGUAUGGGUUAACACAUACAACGUUUUAACGCCUCAAGUGCCAUUUGGUGGUUACAAGAUGUCGGGACUCGGAAGAGAACUCGGUGAAUACGGUCUUCGAGCGUAUACCGAGGUUAAGAGUGUGAUAGUCAAACUUAAUAAGAAGAAUAGUUAAACAAUUUUUCUAUUAACUUUUUUCGAUCCUUCCUGUGAUAAGUAUUCGUACAUUUUAAUAGUUUUUGAAAACUUUCUCAGUACAUUACAACCGAGAAACGGAGGUGAUAUAACGUCGAUCUGCGUACGUCUUUUGUUACUGACUCUUAAGAAUAACUACACUGUUUGCUAAUGUUUACAUAUAUUUUUGUAAAAUUUGUACUGCAAGAAGAAAACAUGUAAUACCUUAGAAUUACAGGUCUUACUCUAUAAAUUACAAAAA